AUGUUAAAGUCAAGCGAUAUAACGCCUAUAGUAAAGUCAAGCAAUAUAACGCCUAUAGUAGAGCAAAAGCGGUAUAACGCCUAUAGUAAAGUCAAGCAAUAUAACGCCUAUGGUAAAGUCAAGCGAUAUAACGUCUAUAGUAAAGGCAAGCAAUAUAACGCCUAUAGUAAAGUCAACCAAUAUAACGCCUAUGGUAAAGUUAAGCGAUAUAACGCCGAUGGUAGAGUCAAGCGAUGUAACGCCUAUGGUAAGGUCAACCAAUAUAACGCGUAUGGUAAAGUCAACCAAUGUAACGCCUAUGGUAAAGUCAACCAAUAUAACGCCUAUGGUAAAGUCAAGCAAUUUAACGCCUAUGGUAAAGUCAACCAAUAUAACGCCUAUGGUAAAGUCAAGCGAUAUAACGCCUAUGGUAAAGUCAAGCGAUAUAACGCCUAUGGUAAAGUCAACCAAUAUAACGCCUAUGGUAAAGUUAAGCGAUAUAACGCCGAUGGUAAAGUCAAGCGAUGUAACGCCUAUGGUAAGGCCAACCAAUAUAACGCGUAUGGUAAAGUCAACCAAUAUAACGCCUAUGGUAAAGUCAACCAAUAA